UUUUUACUUGAAACACCACAGCGGCGUAUCCAUUCUGUGGGUACCACUACUUCGUCGCCAUCACCAUGGCAAAGCAAAUGAAACUCAGAACUGGCCAGAUCAGUUUGCAGCUAAGUGGGACCAAAGGAACUGGUGAAUGGACCAACAUAGAUUCAAGGAGACUAACAGGGGGCGAGAUCGUCAAGAAAAUGAUCAUCAGCGACCUUGACAUUGGCGAGGUCACCCAAGUCAAGCUCAAGUUUUUCCCGGACAGCCGCGCCAAGAGAAACCAGGUCGUGCUCGUGCAGAAGGUCGAGGUCAACUGUCCAGCACGUUUUCCAACAAAAUAUUUUACAGGGAAAACAUUUAAAGUCAGGUCCACUGGCAUCACACUGUCCGGAGGUGACUUCACACUACCCGCAGCUAGUUAGUUAGUGGAUACUGCCAACAACGAGCUAGUAAAGGACACUACCAAUAACUAACUAUUAACAUAAGAAACAAUGUAUAUAAAGCCAAACUAACAAGAUUCAUGAAGCAACAAAAGAUGGUGGUUUAUGAAUGUUUUGUUCA